AAGGCGUCACGCUGCCAGGAACUCUUAAUAUUCAGCCAUCAUGAACUUUACUUUUACUAUUUCUUCUUUCCACACGCACAAACAAAAGAAUGGCGGUUGAAGACGUGUCUAGACAGCCCUCUCAUGGGGCUACAACACGGGCUAGUUCGCCAGAAACCUUGGUUGAGGCUGAAACCUUGAUAGGUGAUGAGCCACUACUCGACGACGGAGCAGGACGACGGAGCAGGACCGCUACGUUGGGCACCAGAGACGAAGCAUCUCCUUCCUCUAGAUGGAGCAGCAGUCCGAUGCGGUUGCUAUCUUCUGCUAUAUCAACUACGUUAAACCUUCGGCAGGAUGGAGGACAUCAGGAUAGAGGAGAUGGAGAAGGAGGAGAAGACCAACAUGUAUCUACUGUUGGGAGUGAUGAACAAGAUAAUCACGGACGCGGGUCAGAACCAGAAGACCUAGGAGUCGGAGACGAUGAUGCUCGUGGGAAUCGCCGCCAUCAAGACAGGGAUAAUAACCAUCAUAGACCAGCAAUGCAACAGGCACGAGGAGAGAAUCUUACGGAAUUCGCUGCUCGACAUGCUUACGUUGGCCAUCUUAUCAGCUUCGGGCUGAUGCUCGUUACUGGCGUCGUGAUUGUACUGGGAUGAUAAUUGAGUCUUAUGUGUGAAAAUGAGUACUUCUUGUUAACCUACAAAGUCACCGUAGGCAAUUACAAAGUGUUAGCCGUUGAAUGUCCUUCGGAAAAGACAAUUUAGUUCAUGGGAUAAUCGUAGAUGAAGUAUACAAAAUGUAAUGAGAAGCCAUGCUGGCGAUGGAAUGAAAAGAGAUAAUGACAAACAAAUGAAUCUGUACACGAUAAAAAUCAGGAGUAUUUUAUGAUUUCUUUUGUGGAGCUGUUUUUUCUUUGCUGAGAGGAUGAAGGAAUGAUUGGAAGAUGAAAAUAUUGAUGUUGGAAUUCUGUCUACGACCGAGACGAAAGAACAUUGUCAUAUCCACCUAAGGCUUGUUCGACCUCCACUUUAUUCUGUAACGAGUCAAAGCAU